UAACACUCUCUAUGGUAUCCGCGAUUGUAAUUUCAUAAGUAAUUUCGAGGGUGAUGGCUUCGGUACUAAUUCGGAACAGCCGAUCAGCGGCGAAACAGUUUAUACGAGCGUCAUCAUGUGCUCAGUAUUCAUCAGGAAAUACUCCCAAGAUAACCACACAUUACACAGUCAUCCCAAGGGAGACUGAUGAAAGAUGGAAAGAUGUGGAAAUGGAACGCUAUGGUGAUGAGGCUGAUGUAGUGAUAGUAGGAGGUGGACCUGCAGGGUUGUCAGCGGCGAUACGUCUGAAACAGCUCAGCCAAGAGAAAGGAACAGAUCUCAGGGUGUGUGUGGUGGAAAAAUCUGCUGAAAUAGGUGGUCACACAUUGUCUGGUGCUUGCUUGGAACCCCAUGCUUUGAAUGAACUCAUCCCAGACUGGAAGGAUAGAGGAGCACCUCUCAAGACGGAGGUGAAAGAAGAUAAGUUUUCUUUCCUCACAGAGAAAUCUCGCAUUCCAAUACCUGUGCUUCCUGGCCUACCAAUGAACAAUCAUGGCAACUACAUUGUACGUCUAGGUAACUUUGUACGUUGGCUUGGUGAACAAGCAGAGGAACUCGGUGUAGAAAUUUAUCCAGGGUAUCCAGCUAGUGAGCUGUUAUACCAUGAGGAUGGUAGUUUAAAGGGUAUAGCGACUAGUGAUGUAGGUGUGGCCAAAGAUGGCUCUCCAAAGCAAACUUUUGAGAGGGGGAUGGAACUCCAUGCGAAGGUUACAAUAUUUGGAGAAGGGUGCCAUGGACAUCUUGCCAAACAACUCUACACUCAGUUCAAUCUGAGAGAAAACUGUGAGCCACAAACCUAUGCAAUAGGCCUCAAGGAGCUAUGGGAAGUAGAUCCUAGCAAACACCACCCUGGCAGAGUGGAACACAGUAUUGGUUGGCCAUUGAACAAGAACACAUAUGGUGGGUCCUUCAUCUACCAUCUAGACGAAGGGACACCCCUUGUAGCAGCAGGGUUUGUAGUUGGUCUGGACUACUCCAAUCCUUAUCUCAGUCCAUUCAGGGAGUUCCAGAGGUUUAAGCAUCAUCCAUCAGUCAAAGACACCUUCCAGGGUGGAAAGAGGAUAGCGUACGGUGCUAGGGCUCUCAAUGAAGGAGGCUUCCAGUCAAUACCCAAGUUGUCAUUUCCUGGUGGUGUUCUAAUUGGAUGUAGUCCUGGUUUUAUGAAUGUACCAAAGAUCAAGGGUACCCACAAUGCAAUGAAGAGUGGUAUGAUCGCUGCCGAGGCUAUCUAUGAUCGUCUUACACAGGAAGAUGCUUCAUCUGAAACAGCAGGCGUCAAUGUAACAGAAUAUGAAGACAGGCUGAAGAGUAGUUGGGUUUGGAAGGAGUUGGUAUCUGUGAGGAAUGUACGUCCAGCUUUCAACAGUCCUCUAGGUCUCUAUGGAGGUGUCAUGUAUACAGGAAUCUUCUACUACCUUCUUAGGGGAAAGGAACCAUGGACACUCAAACACCAUGGCAAGGAUGCAGAUUCCCUGAAGCCUGCUGCUGAGUGCACCCCAAUAGAAUACCCCAAGCCAGAUAAUGAGAUCAGUUUUGAUCUGUUGAGCUCUGUCGCCCUCAGCGGUACGAACCAUGAAGGAGAUCAACCCGCCCAUCUUACACUCAAGGAUGAUAGCAUCCCAGUCAAUAGGAAUCUAGCCCUCUAUGAUGGGCCUGAACAGAGGUUCUGUCCUGCAGGUGUAUAUGAGUAUGUCCCGACAGAGGAUGGUGAUGCGAUGAGACUUCAGAUCAACGCUCAGAACUGUGUCCAUUGUAAGACGUGUGACAUCAAGGAUCCCAGUCAGAACAUUAACUGGGUGGUACCCGAGGCUGGAGGUGGACCGGCAUACAGCGGCAUGUGAUUCCGAUGCAUGUACAUCUAGCACCACGGGAGCAUUUCAUGAAUCCAAAAUUCAGUGAUUUUCACAGAUAACUGUUAUAAGCUACUGAAAUCCUUGCUUCUGAUUGGCUCAGAUCAAAUGAGGCAAUGAAAAUCACUGACUAUUCGGUUCAUUCAACAAUGUCUGGGGACUUUAAGCGAGAAUUUGGAAGAAUUUGCAGUGGAAAAGGACUCUUCAUAUUGUGUUUUGUUCAACCCAGGGAAAACAGGAAACAGGUGUACAAAAGCUCUGGGAUUUUAAAGAAGUUUGAAGUCCACAGGCUAAUUGAUUGUGACAUUUACUUGUCAUUGCUUUGUAUUCAGUCAGAUAGAAUACAGGAUGCAAUCAAUUCUAGCUAGGGCAAGUGUUAUUAUAGCUUGCCCUACCUGUAUGCAUUUAACAUAUUGAUCAUUGAAAUGGCAUUAAUUUAAAUGUUGGCUGUUUACUGAAUGGUCAGUUAAUUUAUACAUCAAACAACUAAAGAACUAUCGGGUAAUAUCAUGGAUUUUUUUCUCUCAUUGGUCAUUUGACUAUGAGUAGCCUCCAUCUGAGAAUUUGUUUAAAGUCCAGAGUCCAAUCUUACUGCAUUUCAUUUCAAUAAGUAGUCACAGUUUUUUUCAAAGGUGUAUGAUUGGUUCUAUCCUUGGGGUAAAUAUUCAAUGCAACCGUCUCUUAUAGUCAUCUAAAUCUUUAUUUUACUAGUUUUAUAUGGAAGUACCAAUUCAAAUGCAAAUCAUGUGGAUUGGAAUAACUUCAGAAGGCAUUAGACUGUGUUUGAUUUGUCAUUCAGUUAUACACUUUUCAAAAGUUGGAGGAUAUAGGUCCAUGAACUAGGUGACAAAAAAUUGCUUGUUCCAGAGUAUAUUUUGAAAUAACCCUUCUCUUUUCAAUUAUAAAUGCUAGAAAUUUAUGACAAGUUGACAAUUCCAAUUGGAUGAUUUCUGUAGCUGACAUCAGUUUAUUUGCUUCUAAUAAGAUAUAUAGAAGGGCCAAGAUACACAAAAUAGAUGUGUGUGCUAUGGGCAUCUAUUGAGAUCUCUCUGACAUUUGUUUUUACAGAUCUUUCUCACAAAUUGUGUUUCAUGAAGUUGUUCGGAAAUUACAAACAGCUUUAAUCAGGACUCAUGACCCUUUCUACUGCUGUAUAAGACAUGCUUGAAUUUAUUUGUUACUUACAAAUAGCUUUAUGAAACACCCACUUGUUAUAUGAGAAUAUGGGUAGUUUACACUGGAUAGAAAGUUUCUUUCUCAAAUGAUAAAAUAUAUUCUUUUGACAUACAGUACAUGUAACACUCUUUCUUGAAAUCAUUAGAGCUUUAGUACUGUAUUUCAUAUUAAGUGCAUGAAAUUUGAAUAUGUAAUCCUUAACUUGUCUAUUGUGACAGGAAUUAAGGAGGAUUUGUGUAUCAUCAUGAAGAACAUGGGCACCGUUGUAAUGUAUUCUUGCAAAACGCACAAUUUGUCAAAUGUAUUUUGAAGCCGUUUUGGAGUUUAUGUCUUCAAUUUAAUAGUGAUUGCAUGAAUGUUAUACAUGGACCAUUGUAUAUAAAUUCAAAGAAGUUAUGUUUUGUGCUCUUAUGAUUCAAUAAGAAAUUAAAUAUAUAAUGUAUAGUUGUAUUAUACUAAAUGAUUGUUUGAAGGCAAUAAAGCUGUUUCACAUGA